AGCUCGGCACUCAGCGCCUCUUUCCUUCUCCCCCCGUGCUCGUGCUCGGCUGUUCUCCCUCCUCCCUAUCCGACCGCCACCGCCAUGGCCUCCGCCCCUGCCCUGUAUCACACCCUGCUUCACUUUCUCAACCCGAUCCAUUCUCACCACCUAUCCUCUCCCCCCACACGCCACCGCCACCGCUGCCUCGCCCUCUCCUCCGCCGCCGCGCGCCUCCCCAACCCCAACGCCGCCGCCCCCUCUCGUUUCGGCCCGGUGAGGACAGCCAGCGCGAGCCAACUAGCGUUCGAGACAGAGGAUGGGGAGGAGACGCCUCUAGCGUUCGAUACAGAGGAGGAAGAGGAGGCGCCUCGUUGGCCCGCUACGCAGGCGCAGUCUGACGACGAGGAUGACGAGCAGGAGUGGGCCGGGGGCAAUGGCACGGCGGCGCACGGGGAGGAGGAGCAUUAUGGCGGAGAUCCGGCGGCCGAGGAUGGGAGCGGGUGGACGCGGCGGCAGCCGCGGCCGCGCGAGCUGUUCGUGUGCAACCUGCCCCGCAGGUGCGGCGUCGACGAACUGCUCGAGCUCUUCGGGCCAUACGGCACCGUCCUCUCCGUCGAGGUUUCUCGUGAUGCCGAGACCGGGAUUAGUCGAGGAUGUGGCUUUGUUAUGAUGCGUUCUCUUGCAGAAGCUAGAACAGCUAUCAAUGCUCUCGAUGGAUUUGACCUGGAUGGGCGUGAGAUGUUUGUAAAACUAGCGGCUCAUGUCGUUGCUAGUAGGAGAAAUCCCAGCCUGUCCCAUACACCACCCAUGAAGGACCAUAUCUUUGAAAGUCGAUACAAGAUCUAUGUUGGCAACCUUGCAUGGUCUGUUCAACCUCAACACUUGAGGGAGCACUUUACUCAGUGUGGAACUGUUGUUAGUACAAGGCUGCUGACAGAUCGCAAAGGAGGGAGAAGUCGUGUCUAUGGAUUCCUUUCGUUUUCUUCAGCCGAAGAGCUUGAGGCUGCUCUGCAGCUUAACAAUACGGAAUUUCAUGGACGGGAUAUCAUCGUCAGAGAAGCUCAUGUAAAAUCGCCAGAUACACUAAGCCAAACCCUUGAGAGUUAGACCUGCAAGCUACUGUGUUUAUUUUUGUCUGGCUUAUUUGCCAAUUGAGUUCAUUGUUCAGGCGCAAGCGCAACUAAGUAGCUAACAUCUUCUGUAUGUACGGAGUAAUGUAGUGUGAUGUACCAUUGCAAUUUUGCCGAAAUACAAUCAUUAACAUGAAUGGACUGACUGGGUUGCCAUAUACCGGUUAUCUGAAA